AUGGCCGUGAACUGCCUAUACGUCGCCGCCGCAUCCACGGCGGCCAGUGCCGCCGCGCUGCAGUGGUGGGCGGCGUCCUUCCUCGACGCCCCACGGGACGGGGAUGUCGGCGGCGGGGACUGGCUCGAGACCUCGUUGCGAUCGCACGUGACCGUCGCGCUCUUAGCGAAUCUGGCGGCGCACGUCCUCCUCGUCCUCCUCCUAGCUCUCAAGACAUUAUUUUUUGUUCGGUUAACUUCUACAGAGACUAGAAAAGUGUUGGAACACAUCAUUAACUAUGUAAUCUACAAGGGAACUUUUCUCCCAUUGGUUGUGCCUCCUAAUUCUCAACAAAUAAUCCUUUGGUCAACUUGGCUAGUCCUUCUUUGUUCACUGAAGAUGUUUCAAUCAUUGGCCAGAGAACGUCUUGAGUGCCUCAAUGCGUCACCCUCAGCAACUCCAUUGAAAUAUCUCCGUGUAUAUUCUGCGCUGUUGCUGGUUCUUUCGACUGAUCUACUAUGGAUGAAGCUUUGUGUAGGGUUCUGCAGUUCAUGCAAUUCUACGUUAUUUUGGCUUAUGUUAUUUGAGCCACUUAGUAUUGCCUUUGAGUCACUGCAGUCUAUCAUGGUGCAUGGAUUUCAGUUGUUUGACAUUUGGCAGCGACAUCUGAUGGACAGUGGUGUGGGCUAUCUUGAUUUCCAAAAAACUUAUAAACAAGCAGCAGGUUCAUUUUCUGAAUGGAGAGGCCAACUUAUAAGGAAUUUUGGUUUUGUCAUUGACCUGAUAAGCUUGUUGAUGUCACUUGGUCAUUAUUCGAUGAUCUUUUGGCUCCGUGGUAUGGCGUUUCACCUGGUCGACGCAGUCCUCCUGUUGAACUUGCGUGCUCUUGUAGUUUCAUUUUUGAAGAGGAUUAAGACCUACAUUAAGUUAAGAAAGGCACUCCGUUCGCUCGAUGGAGCACUCCCAGAUGCUAAAUACGAUGAGAUCUGCACAUAUGAUGAUGAGUGUGCCAUCUGCCGGGGACCAAUGGCUCGAGCUAAAAAGUUGCCUUGCGACCAUCUAUUUCAUCUACCUUGCUUGCGAUCUUGGUUGGAUCAAGGAUUAAUGGAGGGUUACUCUUGUCCAACUUGUCGAAGGCCACUCUUUCUUUCAGCUCAAGGACAUUCUAGGUCAACAACAGCAGAGGUAGCAAAUGUUCAGCUAAUUUCGGAACAGCUAAAUAUGGGAUUAAAUCAGCAAAGGGUUCCUGAACAGCAGGAUCCUUCAGAUGGUGUUUGGAGAGGUGCGGGUCUUGAUUCUCGCUGGGCACCACCGUGGUCGAGCCCUGGGGUGGAUGACCCCAGUUCCUCUAGUGCAGUGAGAUCCGUGGGGCUUAGUGGAGUUCAGAUGAUGAUGAGGCAGUUCGCUUCUGUGACUGAUAAUUAUGGGCAUGCAGAUGCCACCUGGAAUCUGUGGCCUGAGUCAAUGGCAGGCCCUUCAAUUGUUCCAUCAUCUUCCUCGAGGCCUGAUGUGGCUUCUGCUAGCUUGCGGUUCCGAGGCACGGCAGGAACAAUUAAUGGAAGCAUGUCGCGGGUUAAUACCAUGGUAGAUAGAGACCUGAUGAGAACGAAUAAUGUGAAUGCCACUGUGAAUAAUCUUCUGCUGAUGCAAUGA